UUCCCUGGCUCCGGGUGCUGCUGGCCGCCCGGCGGCUCCCCCGAGGGUCAUGGCUGCCCAGGCUCCGCGAGAGCCCAGCCUGGCGACCACGUCGAGAAGAUUCUCACAGCGAUCAGAACUGACCACAGAAGAAUCCUUACCUCCAGAAAACAGGAGUGCCCCAAGACGCAAGCUGUCACAGAAGCAGAAGUCAAUGUCCUCUGGGCUCUCCACAGGGGGCUACCUUUCCCCGUGGCCCCACUACACCAGCGGCCAGACCAUUCUGUAUAAUCGAAAGCCCUGCUCCGUGGACUGGCAGCCGCAGAAAAGUGUCCAGCAGGAAAAGUCCUUGGGCAUCACCAAGCCGAGGUACCUCGAGCAGCUGGAGAACUACCUCCGUAAGGAGCUGCUUCUGCUGGAUCUGAGCACCGAUUCGGCCGAGGAGCUGCGGCUGCAGCCUUACCGAGAGAUCUUUGAGUUCUUCAUAGAGGACUUUAAAACGUACAAGCCGCUGCUGUCAUCCAUCAAGAACGCAUAUGAGGGCCUGCUGGCCCACCAGAGGGAGAAGAUUCGGACCCUGGAGCCACUGAAAGCCAAGCUUGUCACUGUGAAUGAGGAAUGCAGCGAGCGAAUCCUGGCCAUGAGGGCCGAGGACAAAUCGGAAAUCUCUGUGCUGAAGAAAGAGAAGAUGGACUUGCUGAAGCUCAUUGACAAGAAGAAUGAGGAGAAGGUUUCACUGCAGACUGAGGUAUUCAAACUGAGGAAGAACUUGGCUGAGGAAUACCUGCGUUACCUCAGUGAGCGAGAUGCCCGCAAGAUCCUCCUCGCUGACCUGAAUGAGCUGCGGUACCAGCGCGAGGACAUGUCUCUGGCCCAGGCCCCUGGCACCUGGGGGGAGGACCCUGUGAAGUUGACCCUGGCUCUGAAGAUGGCCCGGCAGGACCUGACCCGCACACAGAUGGAACUCAACACCAUGAAGGCCAACUUUGGAGACGUGGUGCCCAGGAGGGACUUCGAAAUGCAAGAGAAGAUCAACAAGGAUCUGCAGGAGCAGCUGGAGAGCCUGCGCGCCGACUACGAGGAGGUAUGCAAGGAGCAUGAGAUCCUGCUGCAGCUGCACAUGGGCACGCUGAAGGAGCGGGACCAGUUCUACAACGAGCUGCAGGAGAUCCAGCGUACCUCCACACCGCGGCCAGACUGGGCCAAGUGCGAAGAAAUCGUAUCCGGGGGCCAACCGCGCUGGCUGAUACUGGCCGAGGGCAAGAACAGCGACCAGCUGGUGGAUGUGCUCCUGGACGAGAUUGGCGAGGGGUUGCUCCGGCAGAAAACCUUCUUCCAGGGCCUGGGCUACGGGAGUGACGUUCCCUCCUGCCUUCGAUUCGAUGGCGUGGUGGAGAACAAGAAAUCGAGCAGGAAGGAAGUGUUGUUGCUCAUCAGGGAUUUCUGGAAGGCGCGUCUUGCAGAAGACAAGAGAGAGUCAUUCUCAGAUUCCUUCUUCAAUUUCCUGGACCGUCGUUUUGAGACCAGUGAGGCGAUGGCCUGGGCUUAUACAAUUUAUGAAUACGUCAAGCUCAACCGCUCCAAUGAGGUGAUGAUUCAGUUCUAUGCCACCUUGGUGGGAAAGUGCAGCGAGAAUGUGUACCUCAGGCACCAGGAGACAGUAGCACAGCUGCAGAAGGAGAUGAUGAGUGCUGACCAACAGAACGAGGGCAUGCUGACCAUGGAGCAGCUGAAUUCCAUUCUCAAGAGCACCUUCCCCCUGAAGAAGGAUGAGAAAAUUCAGGAGUUGAUGGAGGCAGCGGGCUGGAAUGCCAAAAGUGACAUUUCAGACUCAUUCAAGUACAGCAUCUUAUUUACAGAGGAUGAGGAGGGCCAGAGUACACUCUUUGUGCAGAAGAUCUGGGAACAGUACAUGAAUGAAAAAGCCGAGUAUUUGGAGGAGUUUAAGCAGGAGCUGGGCCUGGAACUCACCAGUGCAGUGACCCCAUUCAUGGUCCGUGAAGCCCUGAUGAACAUAGAUCCCAGCCUGGAGAAGCAGGCCCUGGACACCCUUGUGAGCCAAAUCUUCCGGAUCUCUGUAUCAGAAAUGACAGAAAGUGAAGGGAGGGAAGAGGAAAAGGAGAUUUCUGUCAACGCCGCACUGGAGUAUCUUCAGGCGAUGGAUGUUGUGCGCAUGGGGCCUCGGGAGCAGGAUCCUGCAGCGAAGGCCACUGGGCUCAGCUCCCUUGACGUUUAA